CCGCCAGAUAAUUUCUGAGAAUUUGCCUCUCGCAAUCCCCAUCCCGCACCAAUUUUUCUCGAAGGACCCUUUUCCCAGGCCAGUUUUGCAACUGGCUAACACUCCUCUGCGCCCUUCAAUCUAUUGAAAACUGGGAUAAACCGAUAGAAUUUGCCCAAGUUCUUCGAAACCCAGUUCCAUUUCAUCCAUGGCUGACCAUCCUGAUGAUUUACACGAACUUCUUGAUAGUGCUUUGGACGAUUUUCAGAAAUUCGACCUUAAUCCUUCCCUUUCGAGAAGUGGAGAUGGGGCGGAGAGUAGAGCGGUUCUCCCUUCUGGGGUUCAAGGUUUAGGGAUGGGUUUGCCUGACUUGAGGAGCAAGAAAAAGGGGAAGCAAAAAGUUUCGAAGGAAUCGCAUGUUUCUGAGGCUCUUGAUAAGCUCAGAGAGCAGACCAGAGAGGCGGUUAAGGGGCUGGAAUCAGUAGCAGGUCCUAAACCUGGCGUUGAUGAUUUUGGCAAAGAUGCUUUGAUGGAAGAUUGGGUGAAGCAGUUCGAGGAGAUGGCUGGCUCUCAGGACAUGGAAUCCAUUGUUGAGACCAUGAUGCAACAACUUUUAUCCAAAGAGAUUCUGCAUGAACCAAUGAAGGAAAUAGGAGAAAGAUAUCCUAAGUGGUUGGAGGAUCAUAAAGCAAGUUUGAGCAAAGAAGAAUACGAACGCUAUUCUCAGCAAUACAAACUGAUAAAAGAUCUCAACAUUGUGUACGAACGCGAACCCGAUAACUUCAAUAAAGUUGUGGAGCUCAUGCAGAAAAUGCAAGAAUGUGGUCAGCCACCAAAUGAUAUUGUGCAGGAGCUGGCACCUGAUUUCGAUUUAACUAAUCUUGCACAACUAUCUCCAGAAAUGUUAGAGUCGCAGACGAAUUGUUGUAUAAUGUGAGGUAAUGCUUUUGAAUGCUCUGUUUUGUGCUGCUUCCUUCCAUUUAUUCUUCAUAUUUGCUCAGAAAAUAUUGUUAUAUCCAAGAAAUUACUUUGUCCAAUAAUUAUGUGUUCAAUUUCAAUGUUCAGCAGUAGUUUUUUAGUUUA